CGAAAGUGGAAACCCCGGCCGGCAAGCGCGCGAAGGAAAUCUGGCCGCCGCCACGCGCGCGCUCCCGUGAAAGAAAAGCACAAGAAGCAAAGAAACUUUCACAGUCUUUGUGGAUUGGGCUACUACACGUCGAACCCUGAAAUCAAAGUAAAGAAUUCUGAUGUUGAUGAACAGUCAUAUAGAAAAGAACUUGAACCUGUAGUAUCUGAGAAAUCUAUUUGAAAGUUUGGAAAAGUGCAAAAGGAGAAGUACAAAUGUCUACCACAAGACGAAAACGUUGUAUGUUAUGUUGUUUACCGUAAGCUGUAGUAAAAUGAGCUCAAUUGUUGACAGAGAUGACAGUAGUAUUUUUGAUGGGUUGGUGGAAGAAGAUGACAAGGACAAAGCAAAAAGAGUAUCUAGAAACAAAUCUGAAAAGAAACGUAGAGAUCAGUUUAAUGUUCUCAUUAAAGAACUGGGUUCCAUGCUUCCUGGUAAUGCUAGAAAGAUGGACAAAUCUACUGUUCUGCAGAAAAGCAUUGAUUUUUUACGAAAACAUAAAGAAAUAACUGCACAGUCAGAUGCUAGUGAAAUUCGACAGGACUGGAAACCUACAUUCCUUAGUAAUGAAGAGUUUACACAGUUAAUGUUAGAGGCUCUUGAUGGUUUUUUUUUAGCAAUCAUGACAGAUGGAAGUAUAAUAUAUGUAUCUGAGAGUGUAACUUCAUUACUUGAACAACUGCCAUCUGACCUUGUGGAUCAGAGUCUAUUUAACUUUAUCCCCGAGGGGGAGCAUUCAGAGGUUUAUAAAAUGCUCUCUACCCACCUGCUGGAGAGUGACUCAUUGACUCCUGAGUACUUAAAAUCAAAAAAUCAGUUAGAAUUCUGUUGUCAUAUGCUUCGAGGAACAAUAGACCCAAAGGAACCAUCUACUUAUGAAUAUGUGAGAUUCAUAGGAAAUUUCAAAUCUUUAAACAGUGUAUCCACUUCAGCACACAAUGGUUUUGAAGGAACUAUACAACGCACACAUAGGCCUUCUUAUGAAGAGAGAGUUUGUUUUGUAGCUACUGUCAGGUUAGCUACACCUCAGUUCAUCAAGGAAAUGUGUACUGUUGAAGAACCCAAUGAAGAGUUUACAUCUAGACAUAGUUUAGAAUGGAAAUUUCUUUUUCUAGAUCACAGGGCACCACCAAUAAUAGGAUAUUUGCCAUUUGAAGUUUUGGGGACAUCAGGCUACGAUUACUAUCAUGUGGAUGACCUAGAAAAUCUGGCCAAAUGUCACGAGCACUUAAUGCAAUAUGGGAAAGGCAAGUCCUGUUAUUAUAGGUUUCUGACCAAAGGGCAACAGUGGAUUUGGCUUCAAACUCAUUAUUAUAUCACUUACCACCAGUGGAAUUCAAGACCAGAAUUUAUUGUUUGUACUCACACCGUAGUAAGUUAUGCAGAAGUUAGGGCUGAAAGACGACGAGAGCUUGGCAUUGAAGAGUCUCUUCCUGAGACAGCUGCUGACAAAAGCCAAGAUUCUGGGUCUGAUAAUCGCAUAAACACAGUUAGUCUCAAGGAAGCACUGGAAAGGUUUGAUCACAGCCCAACCCCUUCUGCCUCCUCCCGGAGUUCAAGAAAAUCAUCUCAUACAGCAGUAUCAGACCCUUCCUCAACACCAACAAAGAUCCCAACAGAUACUAGCACUCCUCCCAGACAGCAUUUACCAGCUCAUGAAAAGAUGGCCCAACGAAGAUCAUCAUUUAGUAGUCAGUCCAUAAACUCUCAGUCUGUUGGUCCAUCAAUAACACAGCCAGUGAUGUCUCAACCUGCAAAUUUACCAAUUCCACAAGGCAUGUCCCAGUUUCAGUUUUCAGCUCAAUUAGGAGCCAUGCAACAUCUGAAGGACCAGUUGGAGCAACGAACCAGGAUGAUUGAGGCAAAUAUUCAUCGGCAGCAAGAAGAACUAAGGAAAAUUCAAGAGCAACUUCAAAUGGUCCAUGGCCAAGGGCUGCAGAUGUUUUUGCAACAAUCAAACCCUGGAUUAAAUUUUGGUUCUGUUCAACUUUCUUCUGGAAAUUCAUCUAAUGUCCAGCAACUUGCACCUAUAAAUAUGCAAAGCCAGGUUGUUCCUACUAACCAGAUUCAAAGUGGAAUGAAUGCUGGACACAUUGGCACAAGUCAGCAUAUGAUUCAACAGACUUUACAAAGUACAUCAACUCAGCAGAGUCAACAAAACGUACUGAGUGGUCACAGUCAGCAAACAUCUCUUCCAAGUCAGACACAGAGUACUCUUACAGCUCCUCUAUAUAAUACUAUGGUGAUUUCUCAGCCUGCCGCUGGAAGCAUGGUCCAGAUUCCAUCCAGUAUGUCACAGAACAGUACCCAGAGUGCCACAGUAACUACAUUCACUCAGGACAGACAGAUAAGAUUUUCUCAAGGUCAGCAACUUGUGACCAAAUUAGUGACUGCUCCUGUAGCUUGUGGGGCAGUCAUGGUACCUAGUACCAUGCUUAUGGGUCAGGUAGUGACUGCCUAUCCUACUUUUGCCACACAACAGCAGCAGGCCCAGGCAUUGUCAGUAACACAACAGCAGCAGCAGCAGCAGCAGCAGCAGCAACAACAACAGAGUUCCCAGGAGCAGCAGCUUCCCCCAGUUCAGCAACCAUCUCAGGCUCAGCUGACCCAACCACCACAGCAGUUUUUACAGACUUCUAGGUUGCUCCAUGGGAAUCCUUCAACGCAACUUAUCCUCUCUGCUGCAUUUCCACUACAACAGAGCUCCUUCCCUCAGUCACACCACCAGCAGCAGCAGCAGCAACAGCAGCAACUUAGUCGGCAUAGGACUGACAGCUUGACUGAUCCUUCCAAGGUUCAACCACAGUAGCACACAAACUUCCUUCUUCUCUGGCAUCAAGGGACGAAGGAGAUGGUCCAUAAAGAGUUACUCAGAUAAUCCGAGAAUAGGAGGAAGACUUCCAGCUGUUCCAUAAGAUGUACUAUUGAGUGUUCUCAUUCCUGGAAUUAGUUGGUAAGAAAAACGCUGCCUAGUGCUACAAAUGUACAUUAAAUACCAGCCAGCAGGAGAUAAUCCUAGAGACAUAGCCAAUUCUGACAGUGUUUUGGUCACCAGAUAUUUUUUUUGAUGGGAAAAAAAAGAGUAUAUUGCCAAAUGUAUGAAGCUCAGCUAUGAGAUUGACCUCUAGUGAACCUGAAAGGCACAAAUAAUGUUUGUACUUUUAGUGGUCCUGUUCCUGGUAUUAAGUGUUACAGAGGACUGCACCACUGCCACGUCAGGGGUUCACUUACAAUGAUGCCAUGAAGAUAGUUCAGUAAGUAGGUCCCCCAUUUCUCUCCCUCUUCAAAUAAUGAUAGAACAGUAAUUACUUUGAGAAUGUUGUGUGGGUUCAAAUUCUUUAUGUAUAGAUGCUGUAAAAAUAUGUAUAUGUCUGGAUGAAGGAGAGAAGCACACAUUCUGUAUGCUGCAUGAAAGCAUUAUCUCUUCCUUAUAGGUAUGAGUACAUUUCAUUAGAUUUUUACACCUGAUAAAGCCUCCACUUUUCCUUUUGUUUACAGCAUUAAUAGUGUUCUAUUCACUUUUCCAGGGCACAGGUCUUUGUGUUCAUACUUUGGCUGUGAUGUCACAGUUUGUUUAGUGAGGUAUGAAGUGCUGCUGGGAAUGGAUUUUUUUUUUCAGGUUAAAUUAUUGAUACAAUAGGAUUUUCAAGUUAAAAAAAUAGCCCUUAUUUCAUUAUUUUUCAAUUAUGUUUGAAAACAGGAUUUGCACUGCUGUAUUUUAGAUGUUUGGGAGUUUGAUCACAUAUUUCUGUGUAUUUCUUAAUGGGAAAUACAUAUGUACAAGGUUUUCAACAAGCCUGAAAGUAAUUUCAAGAAUGUUUCAGUUCUAUAGGAGUAAAUUUUGCACACAAAACAUUUUAGGCACUUUUUAACAUUCUCAAUGGUGGGAAUUUUAACUUUUAGGAUUUGUUGGAAUCUUUUUAUUAUCCUUCAUAAUUUCAAUGCUUCUUUUAGUCAGAAAUGAUUCAGGGUUAUUUGGGGGGGAGGGGCUCCAUAGUGCCUUGAUUUGAUUCAGGUGAUAGCUCACCAUCUUGAAUUCAUUGUCUGGUUUCAAUAGCAGUUUUGAAACCUUAGUACAUUUUUAACAGCAUGUGAUUAUCAGUGUCAUUAUUUUCCAAUGAUUCCUAUAAAGACUGCUGAGUCUCUUAGACUGGGAUACAAAAAGUUUAAAGAGAAUUAACCCAUCACUAUUACAGUUACUAGUACGCUCCCAAAAUUGUUUUCUAAAUUAGUAUCUUCCUUUAAAGCUAGUCAUUACCAGUAAAUAUUUGCCCCACGUGAUAGAUAUUCCUGUAUGAAGAGGUAGAAAUUGGCUCUGCCAUCAUUAUAACACAAAUACUGUAACUCACAUGCUUUUUAAAUAUGAACUAAGAUUUCAUCUGUUAAUAUCAUAUUCUAAAGGUAAUAAAAUCCAACACAAGUUACAUACAUUUUUUAAAGCACUGCUUAGAUUUUAUGGUACUAAUAAUAAAAUCUGCCAUUAUAGAGAAUUAAGAAUUAAGAUUAGCAGAAAAUCUUAUUAGAAUAUUAAAAGUGACCGAAAAGCAGGAAAAAACACAAAUCAAAAAUGACCUUAAGAGAAAAUGUGUUAACAGAGGUGAAGUUGCUAAGAUUUUGAGUAAAGAUGAUAAUCUAAUGGAGAAUUUCUAGAUAAAAGGCUCAGGGGAAUAUGCUAAAUCAGUUCUUGAUCUUUGGCUUUACUGUCAUCCUUAAGAAAUAUCUUCUGUUUUGCUACAAAACAAAAGUAUACCUGGGCACAAUGAAGUUAGAAAGUUAAUGUUGAAAAUAACCAAAGAAAAUUGGUACCUAUACUUGUAAAAAAGAGGUAUGCCAAGAUGCUACUCAAUAAUUAUUAACAUAUCAUAGAAUUCUUCUAAUUAAAUGGCAAUUCAGAAGAGAUUUCUGACAUUCCAUGAACAUUGAGUAGCUGUCAGAAAGUAUGUGUACUUGAGCUUACACAUGGCAGAACUGAUUGUCUCCAAAUUGCCUUUCUCAACCUUCUGCUAUUCCGUAUAUAUCUGAGUUGUGCCUCAUUUGUUGGCAAUACAGAGUGAUAAGGAUUUAGCUAACAAAACAUGAAGGCUUAACCUCUGAAUACCAUAAUUAGAAGAAAGAUUGUGACUACUCUGUACUUAACAAAAGCAAAACAUAAGAUAAGCCACAAGGUAAAUUUCUAAACUUUUAUUUACUCACAUUCUUCUACCCCAUCCUCUUCAAGUAUUUUCUAUAUUCACAAAUGUUUAGGGAAAAAAACUAAAGUUUUUCAUAGUAAUUCCUUUUAUUCAGGAAUAAGGUGAACUUUUCCUGCUUGAAAUUGACACUUGCUAAAUUUAAAGGAGCAGUUAGCUGAUAACUUCUGCUGUCAGUAUGGAGAGUGGUGUUGGGAAAGCUAGUCAGCAUCUCUUUACCCUUGGUUCCCUCCUGGCUCUCUUGAACUAGGGUUUGCAAAACUACCCCUAUCUCCUUCCUUAUGAGACUUAAGUAUUUAGUGAAGAUUCAACAGUUUCUCAUUCUUCCCUCAAUUCUGUAGCCAAAGUUCUUAAUUAAAAUCCCACAUCUAAAUCAUAAAGUGGUAACAAAUGGAAACACCUUUCAGGUUCUUACAGAUCUUCCCUCUGCUUUUCCCUCACAGGGAUUCAGUUCCUAAAAGCAUGUCAUGCUGGUGGUGCUUACUAGUAAGGAACUGUUAAGGGAUGGGGCAGGUGCUGGCUGUUCUGUAGUGUUGCCUUGCUCAGGCUUCUGUGCUAUCAGUGUAGCUUCACAAGUACAGGUGACAAAUGCUUGGACUGACCGUUGCUGCUGAAAGCGCUAUCAAGCCAGAACCCCGACACCUACAAGUACUCCAGUUUUUUUAGUGGAAAAUAUGGGAGGAAAAGCAAAUGUAGUAGGUUGGUAGUGGGUUUGUUCACCUCCAAAUUCCAUCCUAAAUUCAGGUGGGAAGUUUAAGAGUGCUGUGUGCUCUGCCUUGUCACAUGUAGCUGUGGCUUAGGAAUGUACUAGUGAUUAAAGAAUGCCAGUGAUUAUGACGUUUGUUACAAAACCCAGUGCAGAAUAGUGAGCAUGUUGUUUGAGUUCUUUACAUGUGUAUGGUUGUUGGUCACUGCCUUAACGCUGUCUCUUGAUUAGGGGUACUGAAACAGUCCAGCUCUAUAAAGAGCAUUGGGUUGAAGAAAGAUGAUUGAAGUAGCCUUAGAAAGGGACCCUUAAAAGAGUCUACCUGGAUGUUAAUUCUUUUCACCUGGAGAUUACUGUUUUGAAAUUGUUUCUACUACAUUGAGGCAAACUUUUAGUGGGAUGCAGAUAGCAUUUUAGUAUUCUUUUUUUUUUUCCUAUUUCUUUAGUGAAUGAAAGGUUGUUGAACAUUUGUGUAAAACUCAAGCCUACAACUUUUCCAAUAUAUGUGGCUCUGCUCUUAGUGCCACAGGAGUCCAUGUUGGAAGGUAUAAACACUGGAUAUUAAUAUUGCUAAGUGAGUUUAGCCAGGAGUAAGCAGAUUGGAACUUUUAAUGGUGAAGAAUCAGCACAAAAGCACUUGCCAUUUUACUAGUGACUGGAGAGACCGUUUAUGUUUGUCUGGAUUGAGUGAGCAUUCUUCUAAAAGGAGUGUCCUGAAGUAAUUGCAAAGGAGAAGAGUUGACUAUUUUUAUAGCAUAUUUAAUAUAUUUGUAUGUAACAAUAGUAUAGUAGGAGCCCUCCACAUGCCUCCCACUUUUCCAAUUUCCUCCCCCUUUGCCAUAGCCCUAGUGUAGCCUCAUCCGCAUGGGUAAUGUGCCUAUUGUCAGCCUACCAAAAGAUAGUGCUGCUGCUUUUUCUGACAGGUGAGAUCAGACUCUCAUGCCUGGGGAUCCUUUAUGGGAGGAACAGCACACACUUCAAACAACAAACAUACCACAGUCUAAAAGCAUCAUUUUGAAAUGUAAUAAGCACUUUAUUGCAAUUAUUCAUUUUGAUAAAAGUUUAUUAGCUUAGGCAUUAACUGUUUCUAAAGGAUCCCCAAAUCAUCACUUAGGUGAAAUUAUGACACAUUUCUGAGAAAUGUUUAGAUCCAGUGAACCAUAGGUUUAUGGGAGUGAUUUCAAGGUAGCCAAAUGAACUCUUAUUUUGAAUGUGGUGGAGUCAAGAGGUUGUAGAUGGCUAGUUCCAUUUAAACACUAUUGUAAACCUAAUCUUGCCUAUUGUGUGGACACCAAAAGAGACCAAUGAGCCUGUUUAUUAUCAGAGGUCUAGGAAAUUGCAUCUGUGUGAGUAGAUAUACAGAAUUAAUUUAAAAGUGAUUGGUAGUAAUAUUUUAGAACACAGUAAUUGAGUGUCUUAAAUGUGCCCUGAAAUGUUGGCAUGUCAUUUCAGCGUUUCCAUUUGAAUUGCUCUUGUAAUAUUUUUGCACAAAAAGGACUGAAAGACUGUUUUGGGUAAAGAAAAAGUUUAAUUUGGUCUUAUUUUUAAUGUCUCCUGUGAAAACACAGGAUCCAUUUUGUUCCUGUAGUAAUUAAUUCAGGAUAUUUCAAACAGUGUUGAACAAUUCAUAAGAAAUUAAGCAAACUUGGAUAUUUAAAAUUAAAAUACUUUAUUUCCAUGUGA